CUGGAAGGCUUCAUCAUGACGAGAAACCUGUUUCGCCUGUUGUUGUUGUUCCUGCUGUUCGUCUGUAUCGUGAGUCUCGUGGAGGCGACAAAGAGUAAAGGCGGGGGAUCCAAGAAGUCUAACAAAUCCGUGAAAGGCCUGUUCAAAUCCGGGAAUGGGAACUCUAAGGGCAAGUCGGACCAUUCCGGCAAGGGCGGACCAGUUAUUGACCUGAUGAAGGACAAAAUUGCAAAAGAGAAAUCCAAGAGCCACGGAUCAGUUAUUGACCUAAUGAAGGACAAAAUUGCAAAAGAGAAAUCCAAGAGCCACGGAUCAGUUAUUGACCUAAUGAAGGACAAAAUUGCAAAAGAAAAAUCCAAGAGCCACGGAUCAGUUAUUGACCUAAUGAAGGACAAAAUUGUUAAAAAAAAAUCCAAGGGCCACGCAUCAGUUAUUGACCUAAUGAAGGACAAAAUUGCCAAAGAGAAAUCCAAGAGCCACGGAUCAGUUAUUGACCUAAUGAAGGACAAAAUUGGCAAAGAAAAAUCCAAGAGCCACGGAUCAGUUAUUGACCUAAUGAAGGACAAAAUUGGCAAAGAAAAAUCCAAGAGCCACGGAUCAGUUAUUGACCUAAUGAAGGACAAAGUUGCCAAAGAAAAAUCCAAGAGCCACGGAUCAGUUAUUGACCUAAUGAAGGAAAAAGUUGGCAAAGAGAAAUCCAAGAGCCACGGAUCAGUUAUUGACCUAAUGAAGGACAAGAUUGGCAAAGAGAAAUCCAAGAGCCACGGAUCAGUUAUUGACCUAAUGAAGGACAAACCUGGCAAAGAGAAAUCCAAGAGCCAAGGACCAGUUAUUGACCUAAUGAAGGACACAAUUGGCAAAGAGAAAUCCAAGAGCCACGGAUCAGUUAUUGACCUAAUGAAGGACAAAAUUGUUAAAGAAAAAUCCGAGGGCCAAGGAUCAGUUAUUGACCUAAUGAAGGACAAAAUUGGCAAAGAGAAAUCCAAGAGCCACGGAUCAGUUAUUGACCUAAUGAAGGACAAAAUUGCCAAAGAAAAAUCCAAGAGCCACGGAUCAGUUAUUGACCUAAUGAAGGACAAAAUUGCAAAAGAGAAAUCAAAAUCCAAAUCCAAAAUCAAGUCCGACUUAAAACCAUUCAAAAGCAAACUGAUUUCAAAACAUUCAAAGAAACCCAGCAAAACGUCCGACAUUGAAGAAAAAAGCAGUAAAAGCAGCGAUGAUAGGACAUCUGAGACGAGGCAAAAGCCGAACAAGCGCCCACCGGUGACCAAUAAACAGGAAACAAUCAAGCGACCCCCGGUAACUGAUCGACCGGAAACAACAUUCGGUCCGACGGUUACCGAUGGGCCAGAACAGAUGGAACUUCCGCCGUCGACCGAGGGACCAGGCACUAGGUAUAUAAUGACGGAGCCGCCGAUGACGACGGAGGAUCCGGACGACGAGGCGACAACGACGGAAACCGUGUCCGUCAGCUCGCCGGACGGCUGCAAAGUGGGGAAUGCCACCUAUGAAAUCGGCACGUUCCCGCACCCCUCGGAGAAGUGCCACGUUUGCCGAUGUCACGUAACUGGUGACGUCACGUGCGAGAGACGUCGGUGUCCGCGACCGCCCUGUGGUGUGGGACGCCAUGUUACCUCUAGUGACGGAUGCUGCUCGGUGUGCGAGAGCGCGUGUAAGGCGGUCAGUUGUCCGGCGAUUGCGUGCCCCAGUCGCCUUUGGCUGUUCGAUGAGAACUCUUGCUGUCCCAAGUGCGGCUGUCGGUACAAGGGCGACCUCGUCCCAAUGGGUCCGGUGGGUCUGCGGUGUGACGGGUGCACGUGUAAUGGGAACGGUGUCACGUGUUCGCCAGCACCCUGCCCGGCCACGCCACUCCAGUGUGUAGACCCAGUUAGGGACGAGAACUCGUGUCAGUACUACUGCCCCAAAGGAAAGACAUGUUCCGUGGGCGACUUCGUUCUAAAGUACGGAGAAAUAGUGCGACUGGAAGACAAGUAUUGCACAUGCGUGGGUGACUGGUUUCCGGUGGCGUUCUGUGCGAAAGUGAAGAUGCCGUGCAACAUUCACGAUCUGCAGGAAACCAUGUGCGUGUCCGAGCCGCAAAUGUAGCGGCGUGUCCGUCUGAGAACGCCUGGUUCUCCAGGAUACACGCUGGUCUUAACUGAUCAUUUUUAC